CAAAGUGCGGGGCUGCGGCCGCAGGAGGAGACCCCGCGAGAAACCCCCCGAACCGCAGCUCCGCGGCGCCGUGGCGCGGCUCCGGGGCGGCCACGGCCACUUCCUGCACAUGGGGCCGGACGGGCGGCUGGACGGCACCUGGGAGGAGGCGGGGCCCGGCACGCUGUUUAACCUGAUCCCGGUCGGGCUCCGCGUCGUCGCCAUCCAGGGCGCGCGCGCCGGGCGCUACGUGGCCAUGAACGGGGCCGGCGUCGUCUACGCCUCCGUGCACUUCACCCCCGAGUGCCGCUUCAAGGAGUGCGUGUUCGAGAAUUACCACGUGCUCUACGCCUCGGCGCUCUACCGGCAGCGCCGCUCCGGCCGCGCCUGGUACCUGGGGCUGGACCGGCACGGGCGCCCCAUGGCCGGGCCCAGGGUCAGGAAGGACAAGGCAGCCGCGCAUUUCCUGCCCCAGCUGCUCGAGGGUGAGCCCCAAAAUAUCCUAAAUUUACCUUAAAAUUGGGAUAUGGGAGCCCCCGGGGUCAGGGAGUGACCAGGAGUGACCAGCAGUGACCCCAUGGCCGGGCCCAGGGUCAGGAAGGACAAGGCAGCCGCGCAUUUCCUGCCCCAGCUGCUCGAGGGUGAGCCCCAAAAAUCCUGAAAUUUAUCUUAAAAUUGGGAUAUGGGCUGGGAGUGACCAGGGAGUGACCAGGGAGUGACCAGGAGUGACCAGGGAGUGACCAGGGAGUGACCCCAAGGCUGCAGCCACUUCCUGCCUCAGCUGCUCGAGGGUGAGCCCCAAAAAACUCAAAAUUUAUCUUAAAUUGGGAUAUGGGCUGGGAGUGACCAGGGAGUGACCAGCAGUGACCCCAUGGCCGGGCCCAGGGUCCGCAAGGACAAGGCUGCGGCUCACUUCCUGCCCCAGCUGCUCGAGGGUGAGCCCCAAAAAUCCUGAAAUUUACCUUAAAAUAUCUCUGGGAUUGAGUGUGGGAUGGGAGUGACCAGGGAGUGACCAGGGAGUGACCAGCACUGACCCCAAGGCAGCCGCUCACUUCCUGCCCCAGCUGCUCGAGGGUGAGCCCCAAAAAUCCUGAAAUUUAUCUUAAAAUUGGGAUAUGGGAACUUCUGGGGUCAGGGAGUGACCAGGGAGUGACCAGGGAGUGACCAGGGAGUGACCAGCACUGACCCCAUGGCCGGGCCCAGGGUCCGGAAGGACAAGGCAGCCGCUCACUUCCUGCCUCAGCUGCUCGAGGGUGAGCCAAAAUAUCCUAAAAUUUACCUUAAAAUUGGGAUAUGGGAGCCCCUGGGGUCAGGGAGUGACCAGGGAGUGACCAGGGAGUGACCAGGGAGUGACCAGGGACUGACCAGGGACUGACCCCAAGGCUGCAGCCACUUCCUGCCCCAGCUGCUCGAGGGUGAGCCCCAAAAAACUCAAAAUUUACCUUAAAAUAUCCCUGGGAUUGAGUGUGGGCUGGGAGUGACCAGGGAGUGACCAGGGAGUGACCAGCACUGACCCCAUGGCCGGGCCCAGGGUCCGCAAGGACAAGGCUGCGGCUCACUUCCUGCCCCAGCUGCUCGAGGGUGAGCCAAAAAACAACAAAAUUUACCUUAAAAUUGGGAUAUGGGAACCUCUGGGGUCAGGGAGUGACCAGGGAGUGACCAGGGAGUGACCAGGACUGACCCCAUGGCCGGGCCCAGGGUCCGGAAGGACAAGGCUGCGGCUCACUUCCUGCCCCAGCUGCUCGAGGGUGAGCCAAAAAACAACAAAAUUUACCUUAAAAUAUCCUUGGGAUUGGAUAUGGGAGCCCCCGGGAUCAGGGAGUGACCAGGGAGUGACCAGGGAGUGACCAGGAGUGACCAGCAGUGACCCCAUGGCCGGGCCCAGGGUCAGGAAGGACAAGGCUGCAGCUCAUUUCCUGCCCCAGCGGCUCGAGGGUGAGCCCCAAAAAUAUCCUAAAUUUAACUCAAAAUUGGGAUAUGGGAACCCCUGGGGUCAGGGAGUGACCAGGGAGUGACCAGGGAGUGACCAGGAGUGACCCCAAGGCAGCCACGCAUUUCCUGCCCCAGCUGCUCGAGGGUGAGCCCCAAAAAUCCUAAAAUUUACCUUAAAAUAUCCCUGGGAUUGAGUGUGGGAUGGGAGUGACCAGGGAGUGACCAGGGAGUGA